UAACUACAAGUGCUACACUGGUGAUCGCUGCACUUUCUGACCGUUGAGCUAACAUUAGCUUGUGUCACUGCGGGGAGCAGUGACAGAAAGCUCGCGCUAACUCACUCAUUGUUUUCCCCCGGGAAUCUGAGCGGGCCACACACACACAAAACCCACCAACGGCAGCUAACGGUAACGGACAGCUCACAAAGAUAGCCACCAUCAGUUAGUUAGCUAUACCUUCACCGUACUGAUGUUUUCAAGCUGGCCGUCAUUUGAUAGUGAGCGUUAGUGAAAGCUUACGGCUGCAAGCUGUAAGUGGGUGACAUGGCAACUGGAGGCACUCCUUUUGAUGACAGUGCAGAAGAGCUGCACAACUGGACUGUAACCAAUGGCAGUCUCGAAGACAGACUCAACAACCUGGACUGGGGUGUUCAGCAAAAGAAAGCCAACCGAUCUUCAGAGAAGAACAAGAAAAAGCUGUCAGCUGCGGUGGUGGAGAGCCGCCUGACUAAUGAUAUUUCGCCAGAGUCCACGCCAGGGGCCGGUCGCAGGAGAGCACGCACUCCUCAUACCUUUCCCCACAUAAAAUACACCACCCAGAUGUCUGUCCCAGACCAGGCUGAGCUGGAUAAGCUGCGUCAGAGAAUCAAUUUUACAGACCUGGAUGAGAGGAGCAUCGGCAGUGACUCCCAGGGGCGUGCCACAGCUGCCAACAACCAGCGGCAGCUAGCUGGAGAGAACAAGAAGCCCUACAACUUCCUACCUCUGCAUGUAAACACUAACAAAAGCAAGGAGCUGCUCCAUCCCUCCUCCUCUGCCCCAGCCACACCAGCUAUCACCAAGGAAACCAAGAAGCAGAGCCCAGGACUCAGGGAUACGUUAACCCCUUUGGUUCCUAGCAAGGAAACUCCAAGGCUCAGCCGUGGCGGCGCUGAGAGAGGGCCCUUAGCACACAGAGAAUAUGGGAGAGGAGAGCCGAGAAUAGACAGCAGCCAGGUGGUGAGCAAACUGGUACAGAUCCGGGAGUACAUCAGUAAGGCCAGCUCCAUGCGGGACGACCUGGUGGAGAAGAAUGAUGUGCCGGCCAACGUGGAGCGUCUCUCCCAUCUCAUCGACCACCUCAAGGAGCAGGAGAAGUCGUAUUUACGGUUCCUGCAGAAAAUGCUGACACGGGAGAAUGACGAGGAUGACGUGGGGACCCUGGACUCUGCAGUGGGCUCGGGUUCACUGGCUGAGAGCACUUCUCUUAACAUUGAGGUUCGCUCCUCAGAUGCCUCAAAUGCAACGGGCGGUAGGCCAGAAACGGUGCGUGCUGACCAGAAGGAAGAGUUGGAGAAUCUGCGUAAGCAGCACGAGCUGCUGAAGAAGAUGCUGGAGCAGCAGGAGCAGCUCAGGGCCCUGCAGGGCAGACAGGAAGCACUAAUGGCUAUGCAGGACAGUGCAGAGCACGCACUUGCUGUGAUUGAAGACACUGUUGUCACAGAAACUACAGGCAGUGUUUCAGGCCUGAGCAUCACAUCAGAACUGAAUGAUGAGUUGAAUGAUUUGAUCCAGCGGUUCCACAACCAGCUACAUGAUUCUCAGACUAAAGCAGUGCCAGACAACCGUCGCCAAGCUGAGAGCCUCUCCCUCUCCAGAGAGGUGUGCUGGUCUAGGGCGCCGCAGGCUGUUGGUCCACCUCAACACAGGCCUCUCCUCCACUCUGCCUCUGGUCCCCACACUGGCCUAGACAUGGGAGCAACAGCUGCCAGUGCCAAACUCACGAAGCUCCAAGAACUCCAAGACAAAAAGCAAACCAUGGACAAGAUCCUACAGGAGCUGCAUUCACUCAGAGACCAGACACUCAACAACAACUCAUGUCGUGGCUUGUCGACACAGUGCAGUCUGAGUAUGGGAGGAUCUUCAGAUUUUCAAUCUGCUCUCUGUUCUAAUGGGGCCGCAGCUUCCACUCCCUUCCAUCCUUCACUCACGCAACACCAGGACAGCUCCAAUUCCACAGACAAGCUCAGGAAGCUAAAGGAGGUCCACAAGCGUUUGAAUGAGCUGCGGGAAUUGGUCCAGUACUACGAGCAGACUUCUGAUAUGAUGGUGGAUGCGGUCAAUGAGAAUGUGAAAGAGGAUGACGAUGAGGAAGAAGAGGAGGAAGAUGAGACUGAGGACGGUUCAAUGUUUGAGGCCAUGUUUGACUCUGAGCAGGAGAACCGCCAGCCUGUAACUAACAUCAGGAACCCACAGCGCAGUGGGAACUGGACAGACUUAAACAGCCUGACCAACAGGCGCAGUGUCAGGACUAGUGCCACUAACAACCGUGACGGCAGACUCAACACCGAGUGUGAGAUCAACAACCGGUCAGCAGCCAACCUCCGCAGCCUCAACAUCCCCUCAGCUAUAGAGUGCCAGUACAACAGGGACACCCCCUAUAAUCAGGUGAAGGAUGACGAUGAGGAUGAAGACGGUCUCGAUAAUGAUGAAAGGGCACAGGCAGUGGCUCCAGACAGCGAGGCAUCGGGGUCUAGUCAAAGAAGCAGUCUGGGGAACAAUGGAGGUUUUGCCCAGAAGGUUCAUCGGCACACAGCGAAGCAGAAACUCCGGCAGCUACAAGAGCUGGUGGCUAUGGUUCAGAGUGACGACACUGAUGGCACGACAGCUAAUGAAGAUGAAGCUUUACACCAGCAGCCAAAUAAUACGAGAGCUACUGUGGCUAGAUCGUUGGGGGCGGGAUCUAAACCGAAUCCCAGAGAACUUACUCUCUCCAGCAAGGCCAGGGAGAAGCUGUAUGAGGAGAAGCUGCGUCAGCAGAAGCAUGAGCUGAAGCAGCUCCAUGAAGAGCGCCAGAGGCUCAUUGAAAUCCAAGGCAAGAUCCAUGACCUGCAGUGGGCUUGCCCUGACCUCCAGUCAUCUGUGUCCAGCACAGUGAGUCAGCAGGGCUUGCUGAGGAAGGUUCCACUUGCAGUUUCCACUCCGGCCACUGUACUGGCCUCCUCCUCCUCCUCUGGACCCAAAACCAACUCAGCUGUGCUUAAACCCACUGCUCCAGAAGCAGCUACUUCUUCAGUCACCGACAAUGAGCAGCUAUGGUCUGAGAUGCGUCGCCACCAGAUCUUGCGGGAAGAACUGCGACAGCGCAGAAAGCACCUGGAGUCCUUGAUGGCUGAACACCAGAGACGUAAUGGCAUCAGUGACUCUCCCAGGCGGAUUGAUGACCCAGAAGGCCUUUGUUCACCCUCGCAGCCUGUCAGUAGAGAUGAAAGGACAAUGGCUACCUGGGGUUCAACUCCCUGUCGGCUUGAUGAUGAUGAUGAUGAUGAUGACGACGAAGAUGACGAUGAGGAUGAAUAUCACUCAGAGAUGGGUGCAGAGGAGGAAGAGGAACAUGAAGAAGGCGCAGAUAGCAGCUCUGACGACGACAUCCACAUCUACUCAUCCAGAAGGAACCAGUGCUCCUACACUAACAGGAAGAAUCAAGGAAGCAACCUGAAGCCUCCACCAGCCUUCUCCGGGGAAGGCAGUGGGAAUCCAUCUCUUCAUAACGAGACUAAGCAGCAGCAGCAACACCAGCAGCAGCAGCAGCAGCAACACCAGCAGCAGCAGCAGCAACACCAGCAGCAGCAGCAACAGCAGCAGCAACAGCAGCAGUCCAGAAGUUUGAACCAGUCUGCGACGAGCCAGCAUGGAGGUACACGGCGACAAGAGAACCUGCGCUGGGCCUCAGAUCUCUCCUUUGCUGAGGGCUCAUGUCAGUGGCAGGAGCAGGUCAGCCAGCUGCAGAAACAGCUGGACUUCAGCACCAGCAUGUGUCAGACACUCCUGCAAGACCAGCAGACGCUCUCUUAUAUGUUGCAAACCCUGCUGACAGGUCAGUACAGUGUGUUACCCAACAACCUGUCAUCACCACAGGUCCACUUGGUCAUGCACCAGCUCAACCAGUCUUACACCCAGCUGGCUUGGCAGCAAAACAACGUACAAAGACUUAAGCAGGUCCUGAAUGACCUCCUUCGCCAGCAGCAGCAGCAACAGCAGCAUCAGCAGGCUUCCUCUUCAGCAGCAGGCUGGCAGACACAGAAGCACGGCUCAUCCCAGGAAUCCAGCUCUGGUCCCUCAGCCUCCCCCGGUGUCUUCCUCCCGUUCUCCUCCACCCUGCAUCCUUCAACCAACAACAUGUCGACUGCUGCCUUAUCCCCAUUCCCUCCCAGCUUUAACUUAUAUCCACUCUUCCCCGCUCCCAUGGGCGAGUUCCCCCAAUCUGCAGCAAGUCAGCCAAGCCCGGAACCCCGGAAGCAGCAGUUGGACCCCAACGCCUCAAUAAAAACAGAGUACAUGAGUUUCCCUCCUCCACUGCAGCGCUCUCCUCUUAACACCACCACAGAGAGAGGACCGGCUGGCUGGCUUAAAAGCUCGUACGCAAACAACACCGUCCACCAUCACCAAUCUAAAACGCAGCCCCAAGAGUCUCCGUCCUCCUCCCCAACCUUUGCCAGCCGCCACCCCAGACCUCAAGAAUUUGACAGAGCAUCACAGGAGAGCUUCAGCAGCAUGCCUGAUCCUGUUGAUCCUACCACCAUCACAAAGACUUUCAAGGCCGGGCGCAAGGCCUCUGCACAAGCCAACCUGGCCUCACGAAGCAAGACACCCAAUUCUAAGAGUCGUCGCAGGAGGAGCAAAGGGCUCAACAAGAACAAUGAAGGCCAUGAGAGUGACAGUGUUAGCAGCACUGCAGACUUUGUCCAGGAGAGGGCAGCCCUGUCCCGUCAGAAGGAUCAGAAUAAGAGUCUGCUGGACAAGCUGACUCGAGAGAAACUUGACAGCAAAACUAAUCUUGGAAACAAACGAAACGACCUCUCCUCUGCCUAUGCUUGGAGAACACCCUUCCUAUCUAACAGAAUUGCAUGCACAGAAGCACCAGAUGCAAGCAGUGACUUCUCGCUGUUCGAGGCUCUGAGGGAGACCAUCUACUCUGAGGUGGCGACUUUGAUAUCCCAGAAUGAGUCCCGUCCCCAUUUUCUCAUUGAGCUCUUCCACGAGCUGCAGCUGCUCAACACAGACUACUUACGCCAGAGGGCGCUGUAUUCCCUACAGGAUAUAGUGACCAGACACCUGGCAGAGAAGAGUGCAGCUGAUGACCAGUUGCCCCCUCUUGGUCCUGUGGUGUGGGCUGCAGGCUCUCAGUCUGAACUCACACCCAGUGAGAGUCUGGCAACCAGUGAUGCAGAGGUGGUGGAGAAAAACCUGAGGCUCACGCAGGACCCGAUGAAGAAGAGGGAUGAUGCAGAAUCUGUGGGCAAUGACAGCAACAUGUCAACCUCGUCCAACCUGGAACCAUUUGCAAACGAUGACCUGGGCAACACGGUGAUUCAUUUAGACAAAGCUCUGGCCAGGAUUAGGGAGUAUGAGCGCAUGAAGCUUAAAGCUGAGUUUAACCCCUGCAACGCCAGCGCUGCAGCUGCAGGUGGCUCUGAAGCCUCUAUUGCCGAACAUCCUUCCUCUAACCUUGUUGACCCAGUGGAAGGAGGUUCAGCUGGUGACGUGCGCUGCCCUCAGAUAGACACCCAGCAGUUGGACCGUCAGAUCAAAGCCAUCAUGACAGAAGUCAUUCCUUUCCUUAAGGAGAACAUGGAUGAGGUGUGCUCCCUCCAGCUGUUGACAUCUGUGCGGCGGAUGGUCCUUACUCUCACCCAGCAGAAUGAUGAAAGCAAGGAGUUUGUCCGCUUUUUCCACAGACAGCUGGGAGGCAUACUGCAGGACUCUCUCAGUAAAUUUGUGGGCCGUACUCUAAACGAAUGUGGGGAGGAUCUUCUGGUGGAGAUCUCAGAGAUCCUCUUCAAUGAACUCGCCUUCUUUAGGCUCAUGCAGGAUUUGGACAACAGCAGCAACAUCGCCUUGGCAGCCAAACACAAAAAUAAGAAGAGGGCUGAGCCAGCCAGUAGAUCAAAGCACAGUCUCAAAGAAAAUACAGUAGCUGGUGGUGAUACAUCAAUGUCUCCAGCCUACACUGAUGAAGACAAGGACCAAGAUGAGGCUGAGCAGGAGCUUUACCUGCAGAUAGAGAUGAAGGACAGCAGGAGCAGUGAAGCUUCAGAGGUGGAAGAGGAAGAUGAGGAUGAAGGGGAUGGACAGGGAAUCCCUCUGUCAAUCAGUCUUUCUAAAGCAGAGACUCAGGCCCUGACAAACUACGGCAGUGGAGAGGAUGAGAAUGAAGAGGAGGAAAUGGAGGAGUUCGCAGCUGGACCUAUUGAUGUCCAAACAUCGUUGCAGGCUUCUGCUGAUGGUCAGACGGAGCCCGAGGGGACGACGCCCGACAAAACCCAGGAGACCAAAGCUGAACAGAGGAGUUCAGAGGAUGGUGACGCAAUCAACAAGUCAGUUGUGACUGUGGAUUACACAGUGGAGGACCAUGACAUGGGGGAGAGCCGAGUCGGGGAAGCUGCUGCCUCAGAAGAAAACUCCCAUGAACAGGAUGUCCCCAAGGAGUCAAACACCACCAGCAGCCCAGACUCAGACUCACCCGUCAUGAUCAAUGUAGAUGAGAUGGGCUCAGGUAACACCAGUCAGAAAUCUGACGAGGAAGACUUUGUGAAGGUGGAUGACUUGCCAUUGCAGCUUACAGUCAUGUGUGAGGAGGAACUACAGAAGAGAAUAGUGGAGGAGCAGCAGAAUAACAACCUGUCAGUAGAGAUCCUCAAUGGGAACACUGAAUCGCUGACUGGGCUGGUGGGAAAUGCACAGGCACUGAAGGAACCAGACACUGUUGAUGCCCAGAGCGUGUAAAGAUCUAUACCGAUGUCUCAAAAUCUACUGUUUAUUUUUAGCAACACUAUGCCUGCACCUUCAGUCUGCUCUGGAUGUAGGAUUGUUGAUUCUUUAUCUGCUAGUUUAAAAAGGAGCAAAGGCUCAUAAUCUUUGUCACAAGUUAGCUGUGACUCUUGACACACAGAUAACACUAAACGGCUACACAUAAUCAACACUUAGUUCAUUUUAUUCCUGAAUGUUUAUUGUGAUUUAUGGGUUAUCUGGGGAGGGGUUGUCUUUAUGCUGCUGAUUACUGACAGUUAAGCCUCUGUCUGAAUCUUUAUAGUCCUGGCACUCCGGGUCAGAUUCGCCUUAGUCUCCUUCUUGGUUCUGGGAUUCAACAUGAGUUGUGAUUUUCUUUUUAAAUGUUUUAUUUGUCUUGGCCUUAUUGUUACACAGCUCGUCUAUUCUGCACUCCUAAUGAUGGAGAUUACAGUAGGAUGGAAGUUCAGAUGUAGCCAGGCUGACUUGAGCAAAUAGUUUCUCCAGCUUGAACACUUUCCUUCGUGUCAGAGCUCAGAUUGAACUUUUAUCCCUUCAGAAACAUCUUUAUAUACUGUUCUGUUAAUGGUUCGCUUCCAUAGAUUUCCAUGUAAUUAAAAUGUUGAUUAUAGUAAUAAGUUUUAAAUAAUAAAAUGCUGAAACGUUG